CUCCGUCGUAGACCAAUCUCCAAUCAUGGCUCAAUCAGCAGAUUUUCAUCAUCACUCAAAACAAUCAAGAAGCAGCACCAACAGAAAGUCAUCAUCAUCGUCAUCAUCAUCAAGCUGUUCUUCAAGUUUCCAAGUCUGCUGUGACGGAUCUAGAUCAGCUGCUAUCGAUGUUUUGAUCUUAAUCGCUGUGAUCACAUCUUCCGGGUUCUUGAUCUUCCCUUACAUCAAAUUCAUCACUGUCAAAUCUGUUGAAAUCUUCUCAGAGCUCUCUUGUUUAGUCAAAGAAGAGAUUUUGCGUAACCCUGAUCCAAUUGUGUAUGGUUUAAUAGCUUUGAGUAUCUCGUGUACUGCGUUAUCUGCUUGGAUGAUUGUUAUACUCUUGUGUAGUCGUCAUCGAUGUGGGAAACCGAAUUGCAAAGGGCUUAGGAAAGCUAAUGCUGAGUUUGAUAUUCAGUUAGAGACUGAGGAUUGUGUUAAGAGCUCUAAUAGUGGGAAGAGUGUUAGUAAGAAGGGUUUGUUUGAGUUGCCUCGUGAUCAUCACCGUGAGUUAGAGGCCGAGUUGAAGAAGAUGGCUCCACCGAAUGGGAGAGCCGUGCUGGUUUUUCGGGCGAAAUGUGGGUGUUCGGUUGGGAGAUUAGAGGUUCCUGGACCUAAGAAGCAGCAACUGCAACAAAGGAAGGUCAAGAAGUGAAAAGGUUCAAUCUUUUUGAGUGAUCCAAACCCUUGUAUAUGCUCUGAAUUCUGGCGUUUAUGUGUUUCUGGUUUAUGAUCUGGUUGGGACUUUUAAUCAUACAUGUUAGAAACUUUUGGGAUCUUUACUUGAUGGUUUUGAAAUAUUGUCCAAUGUUUGUGUCAUCAUGUAUAUUAAAUUCACAACUAAUAAAGAAGUCAUGAUACU